AUGCCCCUCAGCGACACCGACAAGGCCCGCGUGAAGGCCAUCUGGGGCCACGUCAGCGCCCACCCCGAGGAGUUCGGUGCCGAGGCCAUCACCAGGAUGUUUGCGGUGUACCCCACCAGCAAGACCUACUUCCCCCACUUCGACGUGAGCGCGGGCUCCGCGGACAUCAAGGCGCACGGCAAGCGGGUGGUGACCGCGCUGUCGGAGGCCGUGGCCCACAUGGACGACGUGGCCGGCACCCUCUCCAAGCUCAGCGACCUGCACGCCCAGAAGCUGCGCGUCGACCCCGUCAACUUCAGGCACUUGAGCCAGUGCAUCCUGGUGACCAUCGCCGCCCACUGCCGCGGCGUGCUGACCCCCGAGGCGCACAUCUCCCUGGACAAGUUCCUCACCCUGGUGGGCAAGACCCUCACUGCCAAGUACCGCUAG